CUCCCACUCCCCCUGCCCACCGUCACCCGCGUUAUUGUCCUUGUUACUGAGACAUAUUAGCAUUUGCUCUUUUUUGAGGCAUAUUUUGAAAUAGACCUCAAACAUUUAGAUCGCCAUGUCUCAAGCUGCACAACGUCUCUCACAGGUCGCUUCGCAUAUGACCUCCACCAAAGGAGGCGUUUCUGCGCUGACCGCCAAACACCCCGAUGAUAUCGUUGUGACAUGCGCCCUCCGAACGGCCAUCACCAAAGGUGGCCGUGGCGGUUUCAAGGAUACUGCCGCCGCCGACCUCUUGGCCGGUGUUUUCAAAGCCGUGAUUGAGAAGUCCAACAUUGACCCCGCGCUCGUGGAAGAUAUUGCGGUCGGAUCCGUUCUUGCGCCUGGCGGUGGUGCUACUGAGUUCCGUGCUGCUGCUCUUGUUGCUGGAUUCCCAGAAGGAACCGCCGUCAAGGCUCUGAACAGACAAUGCUCCAGUGGAUUGCAGGCGAUCGUUGAUAUCGCAAAUGCCGUGAAGGCUGGUGUUAUUGAAGUCGGUAUUGGUGCUGGUGUUGAGAGCAUGUCUUCGCAGUAUGGACCCGGAGCUGUCUCUGAGUUCUCCGAUCUCCUAGAGAGCCACACUGAAUCUGCCAACUGCAAAGUCCCCAUGGGUAUCUUAUCAGAGCAAAUGGCCAAGGACCUCAAGAUCAGCCGUGCUGAGCAAGAUGUCUUCGCCGCCUCUUCUUACCAAAAGGCCGAAAAGGCUCAAAAGGAGGGUCUGUUCAAUGAAGAAAUCGUCCCUCUGACCGUCAAGGUUACCGACCCCAAAACCAACGAGGAAAAGACCGUCGUUGUCAACCGCGACGAUGGCGUCAGAGCCGGCAUGACUCCCGAAUCCCUUGCUAAGAUCAGACCCGCUUUCGCAAAGGAUGGCUCCAUCCACGCCGGAAACUCUUCCCAGAUCUCCGACGGUGCUGCCGCCGUUCUCCUCAUGAAACGCUCCACUGCUGAGAGACUCGGCCAGAAGAUCAUCGGCAAGUACGUUACCGCCAGCGUUGUCGGCGUGAAGCCGCUCCUCAUGGGUAUGGGUCCAUGGAAGGCCAUCCCCGUUGCCUUGGAGAAGGCCGGUAUCACCAAGAACGAUGUUGAUAUCUACGAGAUCAACGAGGCCUUUGCUUCCCAGUGCUUGUGGUGUGCCAAGGAGCUCGGUUUGCCCAUGGAGAAGGUUAACCCCAAGGGUGGUGCUAUCGCCUUUGGUCACCCGCUGGGAUGCACUGGAUCUAGACAGGUCAGCACAUUGUUGACUGAAUUGAGAAGAACGGGCAAGAAAGUCGGAGUGACUAGCAUGUGCGUUGGAACUGGUAUGGGUAUGGCGGCUGUCUGGGUCGCCGAGUAAAAAGCUCCGUUGAUGAGAUAAUGACUCUUGUUCGGCUCUUUUAAGAUUUCUUUGCAUUUCGUCUCCUUUGCACAUUAUGAGCAUGCAACCUUGUAUCCCUACCUCUAGGGCGUUUUUAUUGUAUAUUACUUGUUUAUUGGUAUAAGGGAUAAAU